AUGGCAUGGGUGAAAUUCUUACGGAAACCUGGUGGCAAUCUUGGAAAAGCUUAUCAGCCUGGAAGUAUGCUGUCCCUAGCCCCUACCAAAGGCUUGUUAAAUGAACCAGGACAAAACAGCUGCUUUCUUAAUAGUGCUGUACAGGUUUUAUGGCAAUUGGAUAUAUUCCGAAGAAGCUUACGGGUUCUAACUGGACAUGUUUGUCAGGGAGAUGCCUGUAUAUUUUGUGCAUUGAAGACAAUAUUUGCACAGUUUCAACAUAGUCGAGAAAAAGCACUUCCUUCGGAUAAUAUAAGACAUGCUCUAGCAGAAAGCUUCAAAGAUGAGCAGCGAUUUCAGCUGGGCCUUAUGGAUGAUGCUGCAGAGUGCUUUGAAAAUAUAUUGGAGAGGAUUCAUUUUCAUAUAGUGCCAAGCAGAGAUGCAGACAUGUGUACCUCUAAAUCUUGUAUCACUCACCAGAAGUUUGCCAUGACUCUGUAUGAACAGUGUGUGUGUCGUAGCUGUGGAGCAUCAUCAGAUCCUCUACCGUUUACAGAAUUUGUGCGGUACAUUUCUACAACAGCCCUAUGCAAUGAAGUGGAAAGAAUGAUGGAAAGGCAUGAACGUUUUAAGCCUGAAAUGUUUGCAGAGUUGCUACAAGCAGCAAAUACAACUGAUGACUAUAGGAAAUGUCCUAGUAACUGUGGCCAAAAAAUAAAAAUUCGCCGUGUUUUAAUGAAUUGCCCAGAAAUUGUUACAAUUGGUUUAGUCUGGGAUUCUGAGCAUUCUGACUUGACUGAAGAUGUUGUUCGGAAUCUAGCAACACAUCUUUAUCUUCCUGGGCUUUUUUAUAGGGUUACUGAUGAAAAUGCCAAAAAUAGUGAACUUCACCUCGUUGGUAUGAUCUGCUACACCAGCCGACAUUAUUGUGCCUUUGCUUUUCAUACCAAGAGUUCCAAGUGGGUAUUUUUUGAUGAUGCAACCGUGAAAGAGGUUGGAACUAGAUGGAAGGAUGUGGUCUCCAAGUGUAUCCGAUGCCACUUCCAGCCACUGCUUUUGUUUUACGCAAACCCAGAUGGCACAGCAGUUUCUACUGAAGAUGCACUUAGGCAGGUCAUCAACUGGUCACAUUAUAAAUCUGUUGCAGAAAAUAUGGGAUGUGAAAAGCCCAUAAUUUAUAAGUCAGAUAAUUCAAAAGAGAAUGGAUUUGGUGAUCAGGCAAAACAGAAAGAAAUUCAGAAAUUUCCAACAGAUAAUAUUUCAUCAUUUAAUCGGAACCACAUUCAAACAAGUGGUGGUAGAGGGCCAGUUAAGUUAAGUCACAAUGAUCAAAGGGAAAAAAUAAAAGACAUUUCCAGAGAAUGUGCUUUAAAGGCCAUUGAACAGAGAAACUUACUUUCGUCACAAAGGAAGGAUUUGGAGAGGGGACCAAGAAAAGAUUUGGGCCGACAUAGAGAUUUGGUUGAUGAAGACCUUCCACAUUUCAAGUCUGGAUCACCUCCUGCCCCAAAUGGCUUUAGGCAAUAUGGAAAUCCACAUCUAUAUCAUAGUCAAGGAAAAGGACCAUACAAGCAUGACCGAGUUGCCCAUCAGAGUCGAGCUUCUGCACAAAUACUGAGUUCAAGUAAAUCCCAGAUUCUUGCCCCAGGAGAGAAAGUUACUGGCAAAGUUAAGAGUGACAGUGGCACUGGAUAUGAUACAGACAGCAGCCAAGAUUCUAGGGAUAAAGGAAGCAGUUACAGUGGCAGCAGUAAAAGCCGGAACCGUGGUUGGAAACCCAUGAGGGAAACAUUAAAUGUUGAUAGUAUUUUUAAUGAAAGUGAAAAAAGGCAACAUAGUCCAAGACAUAAAUCAAAUAUCAGUAACAAACCUAAAUGUAGCAAAGAUCAGAGUUUUAACAAUUGGCCAAAGGAGAACCCAAAGCAGAAAUGUUUAAUGACCAUAUACGAAGAUGAAAUGAAGCAGGAAAUAGGAGGCAGGAGUUCCCUUGAAUCAAAUGGAAAAGGAGCAGAGAAAAAUAAAGGCCUCAAAGAGACUAAAGUUUAUGGUGACAAUUGGCAGAUGCAGAGGACUGAGUCUGGAUACGAAAGUAGUGAUCAUGUCAGUAAUGGAUCUGCUAAUUUGGAUUCACCUGUUAUCGAUGGAAAUGGUACAGUAAUGGAUAUCAGUGGUGUUAAAGAAACAGCAUCCUGCAGUGACCAGGUUAAAACAAGCAACCUAAAUGUAGAAUAUAUCAACUGUUCCUCCCAACAGAGCAAAAACUACUUGGAAGGCUUCAGAAAAGAACUCAAGAAUUUGGAAGUAGGCUGUAAAUCUCCUGAGUUCCACCCAGAGUCACAUCUACAAAUAAAAAAUCCUUUGAUAAAGAGGUCACAUAUUAUAUAUGAAACGAAUGGAAAGUUGUUCCUUUCGUCAGGUCCACAGAUACUGAAGGACACUGCAGCAAGAGAGCAUAUCCACCAGUCAAAUGAACAGAAACUUGAAACAGCAAGUGAAUGCAGAUUUUCUGAGUGGCUUAAUACAGAAAAUUCUGAGAGAACAGGUUUACUUCUUCACAUUGAUGAUAAUUCUGCUUCUGGAAAGAUAAUGAACAGUAAUGAAAUAGUCUUACCAUCUUCUUUGUGGUCCUCACACAUGAGACCUGUCGGGUUAAAGCCAGAAACUGCUCCCCUCAUCGAGCAGCAAACUAUGAUGGAACAGUGUUCCUCUGAGAAGUCUCUAUCCAGGGAACAUAUAAUUCAGUCAGCCUGCAGAUCUGAUGGUCAGAUGCCAAACCUCGUUAGCCAUAAUCCGCCUCCUUUGCCACCAAAGAAAUAUGCUAUAACCAGUGUGCCACAGUCAGAGAAAAAUGGUUCCACACAUAAUGUCAAACUUACAGAGACAUUUAAAGCUAAUUCUUUUAGUCUUCCAAAGCACAGUUUAAGUCCGGAUCCAGAACCAGGUUCAGAAGUGGGUACAUACAUGAAUGAUGAAAGACUUAAGGAAACAUUUCAAGUAAAAGAGCAUGUUGGCAACACACCAAACUACCUGUCCGGCUCUUCAACUAAAGAUUUUCAGGCAGACUUGGGUACAGUUGUUGAUGAGUUUUACCAACCAGAAAUAGACUCUAGUUCUACUUGUCCAAAUGAGACCAUUUCAUUAACUACCUAUUUUUCAGUUGAUAGCUGCAUGACUGAUACAUACAGACUGAAAUACCAUCAGAGACCCAAGCUCUAUGUUCCGGAGAGCAGUGGUUUUUGUAAUGAUAAUUCGCUAUCCCAGAGUGAAAGAGGGCUAGGACCGGUGUUACACAAUAGUCUUGGUUCAAACUGCCCUUCUGAGCAAAGAUAUAAACCUAGUAUACAUUGUAGUAGAUAA